AUGGACGUGGUCGCGUGCGUGGGCGGCUGCGUGCCCGCGUUCGCGGUGGCCGUGCUGCUGGACGUGACCGGCCUCGUGCUGCUCUUCGUGGGGAUCUUCGCGGGCGUGAGCCUGAACGGCCAAGUCUACGGGGACUUCCUGGUCUACACCGGCGCCAUCAUCAUCUUCAUCAGCCUGGCCUUCUGGAUCCUCUGGUACGCCUGGAACGUGCGCGUGAAGGAGGAAUGGGGCGAGGAGGAGGAUGAGGAGCCCGGGAAGAGGAAGAGCAGCAUCGCGCUGCUGGCGAGCAAGUUCUCCGAGAGGCUGAACCGGACGCUGCGGGGGCGGGAGACCCUGAAGGCCCGGGGGGUGAAGUGGGGGGAGAACACGGCCUACGACAACGAGGGGUACGAGCGGAGCGUGGACUCCCCCACGGAGAUGAAGGGAGCGCGCUCUCCCCCCGCGUCUCCCCCCGCGUCUCCAUGA